UGUGCACUGUUCCAAACCACUGACCUGUGUGCAUAACAGAUCUGAGAGACAUCUUCCUGGACUGUGUUAGCCUGGAUCUGCUGAGGAUCAUUAUUCAUAGCUGGGCAAUAAAGUGGACACUAAAACACCCUUCCAGUGGUGUUUUGAAGAAGCACGGCAGCAAGGCGCUUAUGCUAUGACGCAGAAUUCCUGCGACACGCCUUCGCCUCAGAGUAAAAUGGCAGCUCACAAGAGUGAGAAGCGUGGUCUCGAGCACUUAGACGAAUAUGAACCAAAAAGAGCGAGACAACCACGAAAUAUGCACGACAAAAUGAUGGAGACCCGACUAGUUGUCAUUUUGGAAGGAGCGACGUUAGAGACUGUAAAGGUUGGAAAGACAUUCGAGCUGCUGAACUGCGACCAACACAAGAAUAUUAUCAUAAAGAGUGGAAGGGACCCUGGCAAUGUUCGCCCAGACAUCACUCAUCAGAGUCUGCUUAUGUUGAUGGACAGCCCACUGAACAGAGCAGGACUGCUGCAGGUGUACAUACAUACUGAGAAGAAUGCUCUGAUUGAGAUAAAUCCACAGACACGAAUUCCCCGCACCUUCCCUCGCUUUUGUGGACUCAUGGUGCAGCUCCUGCAUAAGCUGAGUGUGAGAGCAGCUGAUGGGCCGCAGCGCUUGCUGAGGAUGAUUAAAAACCCAGUUUCAGACCACUUACCUGCAGGAUGCCCACGCUACGCCAUGUCCUUCAAAGCAGGAGAUUCAGUCUGUCCCAGAACCCUGGUCCCUAAGGAUGGUCCUGCUGUGGUUGUUAUUGGAGCAUUUGCACAUGGAGCGGUAAAUGUGGAUUAUACAGAGAAGACGAUUUCCAUCAGUAACUAUCCUCUGUCUGCAGCUCUCACAUGUUCCAAAGUGUGCUCUGCAUUUGAGGAGGUCUGGGGGGUGUUGUGAUGAACAAACAGGUGUUGGACUUUGGGUGAAACUAGGAAUUCAUCUGUGUGUGGACAAAUGUAGCCCUUUUCACUUCUGUUUAAGUGAAACUGGACAGUUCUCUAUUGUGGUCACUUCAGUGGGCAGUUCACUGAUUAAACUCCACACUUCUGUAGUUCUCUGCAUUUGGUGGCGAUCACGGAGACAUAUUUUGUACCUUUACAUGAGCUUUCAAAUAUAAUCUUUCAAACAAUUCCAUGUUAACACAAUCUGAAAUAUUGUCUGAGUCAAUAAAACUAAGUUUUAUUAUUUCUAAAAUGCAACAGUUGUCGAUUUUUGUGUAAAAAAAGGCUAAAUGUGGAACCAUAAGGACCACUGGAACUUUGUAGCCAGAGGGGCUAAGGUUUUAAUUAAUGUACAAAUGUGUGAAUUAGUGAUGUUUUUCUGACAUUAAAUAUACGGUAGCUCACAACCAACCACGUGAUUUAAAAAAAUAUAAAUAAAUAUGUUAUAUGUUAUGUAUAGUUAUCCUGAUGCAGUACUUUGUGUUUUGGACACUGGACCGAUUUAAACAUAACGAACAUACUGCAGGCAAUUUAAUUAGCAACUUUGACAGACUUUGUUGUGUAGAAGUAGUCCAAAUGGAGUCGGAUGUCACUGUCUCCUAUUAUGCAGCUAUAAUCAAAUACUCCAGAAUUAAUUACUUUGCCUCUUGUGGUGAGAUUUAUUUUUGUUAAUUAAUUAAUUUUCUUUUGGCAACUUUCCUUGUUUUUCUCUGAUUCUCCGCAGUGUGACUGAGCUGUUGGCUUAUCUUCCUUAACAGACUUUUGGCUGUCUUACAGUUUUAGUAACUUUUGGCAGCUCUUGUCCUACUUUACCAUCUCCUUCUGCAUGAGCUUUUUUCUGUCUUCUUUCCUUUUCUCUCUUCCUUUUCCAUCUUCCUGAACAUGAAACAUAAUAUGUAGAGCGAGCUAAACUGACAGCUUCAUGCACUAAUGCAGAAUUCUGAAUUCAGACUGUCUGUUAUAUUUACUUUCAUAUUAAUCUUGAAGGAUCC